GUCAAACUCUUCGAGAUGCCGACUCCAGAAAAGGUUCCAACAAGAUUCGAAUUGGUUUUUUCAGUUAUCAUACUUUCAAAAUAUGACGCGUCGGCUUUCGACAUUUUUCCGCUGAACAAUGAGAUCGUGUACCGACUGGAAGCCGACGUUACUCUGGUUCCGGAUUUUCAUCUACAUUCGAACUACAUCUGGACCCUGGCCGGUAGACUUCACAUUCAGCGUUACGACACCAACAACCUGGCUCUUAAGAUAACAUUGGAUGAGGAUCGAUUCCCGGAUCAGAGCAAUGUGACUGCCCUGAUGGAACCCUUUCGGGUGGCACUUUCCAACGAUAGUGCGGUGUUGAGUGUUCUGUUCAAGGAGCACGAACCGAUUUGGUCCGGAAAUAUCAAACGUGCGGUAGCUUCGCUCCUUCAGGCGCACGGGGACAAUCCGGGAGCGUAUGUAGUGGACGAGAUGGGUAUAUUCGGCAGCUGUCCGACAGAAUACUUCGUAGUGAACAAGUCCAACGUUUUUGAAAUUUCCAAAACGUACGACAUGGGUCAGUGCAACAUUUACCCGGGGGCAAUUUAUCUGACCCGAAGUAAUAUCCCGUUGAACGUUUGUACGGCGAACAAACAGAAGCAAGCCAUCACGUCCAGAAUCGCAAACUAUAAAUUGAAGAAGGUGGAACCCUACCGUUACAUGUUGGUUGAAAUCGAUGGCACCAUGAGAACGAACGUCAGGACCUUUGAAUCCUACUAUCCGCAGUUUUUAUACACCAAGGUGCAGUUGAAGUAUGAGACUCACAGUGCGAUCGAAGGUCCUGAGAAAAUCUUCGACAUAGGUCAGGGCAUGGCACUACUCUUCAGCUCGAUUCUCUUUGUAAGUCCGGACGCUGAAGCUACCGGAGGUCGGAGUCCAAAAUCCAAGGACAAACUGGUUAAACAAACCGCAGCUCUUCUUAGCACCCUAGCUGAUAACCUGGAAUCCAUGGAAUCCAAGUUGAAGGAACCGUACGACGAAACAGUAUCCGAGAUCAUCCGGCUAAUGGGUACUAUGGACUUGGAAACCCUAAAAAUGCUUUUCGAGGAAAUCGAUUUGGGAACAUCCUACAGACAGGAAACCGCACGGAACAUCCUCAUAGAAAUAAUCCCUCGCACCGGAACGAACCCUAGCAUUCUGCUGACACGUGAUCUGAUCAUCAAUCAGCAGGUGAAUCCAACGACGGCGGUUCAACUGCUGAUAUCGCUGCCCUUCUACAUGGCCGAACCAUCGAUUGAGCUGGUGAAGGAGUGCGAGGUUUUUCUUAGCUUUGGAACCGAUCGGCCCGACAUUAAACAUGCGGCUGUCCUCAGCUACGCCACCAUGAUCUACAACACUUUCGUGGCCGGAAAGAUGACGUCGGAUGUUUUCGAGAAAUAUGUGAAGAUUUACUUCGAUAUGUUUUUGAACAGCUUUGAGUACGAGCAGCAGAUGUUGUACCUGGAAGCGCUGGGCAACCUGCAGCUGGGAAACGUCGCCGAAUAUCUGGAUCCAAUCAUCAAAGCCGAUUAUCCGCAGACCACCGACAUACGAUUCCUGGCUAUGUGGGCCACCCUUCCAACGGCUCAUUUGAGACCAAAUCAGGUUUACGAGACGUAUUGGUCUCACCGUCUGCAGCUCUGUCUGCUGGCCGACUACGAGCCGUUGGUGUUUCUGAAGCGACCGUUCCAGCUGACGGGCCAUGUGGCCUUCAACGAUACCCGGACGCCGAAAAGGUGCCCGGACCAGCCGCGGGUAACGUUCAAUGUGAGCUACCAUCUGCCCAAGUACGUGCAGGAGGUGUACGAUUUUAUGAACACCGGAGACGAAAGCUGCCCGAAGGAGAUAUUGCGGCUUACGCCGCCACCGUUUUCCGGUAAUUGCAGUGCCGAGGCGUUCGCUAGGCUGACGACGGUGUCCGGGCUGGAUGCCAACUUUAAGUUUGAGAAGCUCCCCGAAUGGAUCGUGGAGGUAUUGCAUCGGUUCGACCACCUGGCCUCGGCCGUAGUGCCACGGCGCGUCCCAACGUUGAACAUCACCGACCAUCUGGAUGUGAGCGUGAAACGAAGUCGCUGGACCAGCGACACCGAGAUCGUCAUCAACGGGGGCACCAUCUGGAUACCGACCCGGUACAAUUACAACGAAAAGCUGCAGCACCCCCGGAAGAAUAGUUUGGACUAUGGGUUCACUAGUAUUUGCAGUUUAGUCAAUAACAAGCUGACCACCUUUCACGAUCGGAUCGUCCAGCUGACACCCGAAAUCAAGAAGGACUACACCCUCAACGAUACAUUCCUGCUGGCAGCCGAUUGUUCCGAUGCGCCUAAAAUGGCCGUGUUUAUGUUGGAAAAUGGAAAAGGCAUCCAGAUUUACACCGGUGGAAACUACAUCGUGUAUGAAACGCAGACACACCAGGAUCCGAUCAUGAACGUAAACGACGAGCAGUUGAUCAUGCUCAAGAACGUGGUCUACCAAUACCCACCGGAUGAGGAAAUCUACGAUUUCCGAGUGUACCUGAACGAUGAGGACAUACUUGUGGUGGAAAAUAAACUCAACGGUGCCGUGGUACAGUACGACCGGAAAUCUAUCGUCAGUAUUCUGCUGCCCACGGUACACAAGGGACGUACGUGCGGAUUGUGUAGUAGCCGAUCCCUGUAGGGUUGUGGGGCGUUUGCAAUAGUUCCUAUCCAUAUAGCAAUGCUUUACCGUGGUACUAGAUUACGUGAUGAUCGAGCUUACCAUUAACAUUAAAUCGAGAAGAGAUUUUUACUUUACUUUUAUCGGAAUUUUGGUACCAUGACAAUAGCAUAGGAAUACGUUUUUAUCGUACUCCACAAGAAGCACCAAAAUCAUUUUGAAACUACGCAUCACAACUUAUCUGUAUUAUGUUUAUCCGUUUUUUUUUAAAUAAAACGUCUAUAAAUCAAAAACUUA